CGAGAUCAUCCGGCCAGUGGCCAAUGUGUCUGAUCCGGUCAUCAUCCAGUUUGAGGUGUCCAUGUCUCAGCUGGUGAAGGUGGAUGAAGUAAACCAGAUCAUGGAGACUAACCUGUGGCUCAAGCAAAUCUGGAACGACUACAAGCUGAAGUGGAACCCGUCCGACUAUGAUGGGGCUGAGUUCAUGCGUGUCCCUGCGCAGAAGAUCUGGAAGCCAGACAUUGUACUGUACAACAAUGCUGUUGGAGAUUUCCAAGUGGACGACAAAACCAAAGCUUUACUCAAGUACACGGGGGAAGUGACCUGGAUCCCCCCAGCCAUCUUUAAGAGCUCGUGCAAGAUCGACGUGACCUACUUCCCGUUUGAUUACCAGAACUGCACCAUGAAGUUCGGUUCCUGGUCCUACGACAAGGCAAAAAUCGACCUGGUCCUGAUCGGCUCCUCCAUGAACCUCAAGGACUACUGGGAGAGUGGCGAGUGGGCCAUCAUCAAAGCCCCUGGUUACAAGCACGACAUCAAGUACAACUGCUGCGAGGAGAUCUACCAGGACAUCACCUACUCGCUGUACAUCCGGCGCCUGCCGCUGUUCUACACCAUCAACCUCAUCAUCCCCUGCCUGCUCAUCUCCUUCCUGACUGUGCUCGUCUUCUACCUGCCGUCCGACUGCGGUGAGAAGGUGACCCUCUGCAUCUCAGUGCUCCUCUCCUUGACCGUGUUUCUCCUGGUGAUCACUGAGACCAUCCCGUCCACCUCGCUGGUGAUUCCCCUGAUCGGCGAGUACCUGCUCUUCACCAUGAUCUUUGUAACCUUGUCCAUCGUCAUCACCGUCUUCGUGCUCAAUGUGCACUACAGGACCCCGACCACCCACACGAUGCCCACAUGGGUGAAGACCGUAUUCUUGAACUUGCUUCCCAGGGUCAUGUUCAUGACCAGGCCGGCAAGCAACGAGGGUAACCCUCAGAGGCCAAGACCCUUCUAUAAUGCUGAGCUCUCAAACCUGAAUUGCUUCAGCCGCAUAGAGUCCAAGGGCUGCAAGGAAGGCUGCCCCUGCCAGGAUGGGCUGUGCGGCUACUGCCACCAUCGCAGGGCAAAAAUCUCCAAUUUCAGUGCCAACCUCACGAGAAGCUCCAGUUCUGAAUCUGUUGACGCCACGCUGUCCCUCUCUGCUCUGUCACCGGAAAUCAAAGAAGCUAUCCAAAGUGUCAAGUAUAUUGCUGAAAAUAUGAAAGCACAAAAUGAAGCCAAAGAGGAACAAAAAGCCCAAGAGAUCCAACAACUGAAACCAGGAGAAAAGUCCACAGAAACAUCCGAUCAAGAACCUGGGCUAUGA